AUAAAUUUGAAUCCACAUAGCUUUUUAGAACAAUAAGACCAUUUAAAAGCUAAAGAAACCAUGAGCUCAUAAGAAAUCAUUUAACAAGAAAACAUGUCAAGAGUUAGCAACACUUUGAUAGGUUUCUUGAACCUAUUGACACUCUUAGUUUCAAUUCCAAUCAUCGGUGGCGGAUUAUGGAUGGCGAAAAGCACCGCCACAUGUGAAAGCUUCCUCCAACGGCCGCUUAUGAUCGUGGGAUUUGUGAUCUUGCUUGUAUCGUUGGCUGGUUUUAUAGGGGCAUGUUUUCACGUGGUGUGGGCGUUAUGGAUGUACUUAGCGGUCAUGUUGUUCUUGAUCGCGGCCUUGUUGGCCGUGACAGUUUUUGGGUUCGUGGUUGUGGGUCCCGGUGGUGGUGUGGAUGUACCCGGUAGGGUUUACAAGGAGUAUCACUUGCAAAGUUAUUCACCUUGGCUAAGGAAGAGGAUUGAGAAUCCUAAUUAUUGGAUGACCGUUAAAAGUUGCAUUUUGGGAUCAAAAACUUGUAGUAAGAUUGUUAUGUGGACUCCCGCUGACUAUUGGACUAGAAACUUGUCUCCAAUUCAGUCGGGUUGUUGCAAACCGCCAAGCGCGUGUGACUACCAGGCGCCAAUGAUGACACAAGAUUCCGACUGUUAUAAGUGGAACAACGAUCCGAAUUUGUUGUGCUACGAUUGUGACUCGUGCAAGGCCGGGGUGCUGGAGGACGUGAGACGAGAUUGGCACAGGCUCUCAAUUCUCAACAUCAUCAUGGUCUUGCUUCUCAUCUUAAUUUAUUUUGUCGGUUGUUGUGCAUAUCAAAAUGCAAAGAGGGCUGAUAGCUAUAACUCAUAUGAAGCUAGAAUGUACAAAGCUAGACCGAAAUGGAAUUUUUAUUAAUAGUUACGAUAGUUUAGCACGGAUUUUGUUUGAUGGUAGAAUUAUAGUGAAAUCUACAUGUGUAUAAUGAAAUGUAUCCAAAAUGAUAUAACUUGAAAGUUUUAGCGAGUGCAUGAUUAGUAAUUGAA